CGUCUUGACAGAGAUUUGAAUUGCGUACUUGAGAUGGCGGCGGUAGAGUCGGAUUUCGGAGCUUUCACGGAGAAAUUCGUACUAUGUCCUCCAUCGACUGCUUCUACUCAACAACUCCCACUGAAAGACCUUACUUUCGCCUUCAAAGACAUAUUUGAUGUUGAAGGACACGUGACUGGAAAUGGUAAUCCGGAUUGGGCCAGGACCCACUUGCCUGCUGUUUCAACGGCUCCCGCUGUUUUAGCUAUCUUGAAUGCUGGUGCCACAUCUAUUGGAAAAACUGUCAUGGAUGAAAUGGCCUUCAGUCUAUUUGGAGAAAACACAUACUAUGGAACACCUGUUAAUCCAUGUGCACCAGAUCGGAUACCUGGAGGAUCUUCAAGUGGAUCUGCUGUAGUAGUGGCAGCGAAGCUUGUAGAUUUCUCCUUAGGAACUGACACUGGAGGAAGUGUAAGAGCCCCUGCAGCAUUCUGUGGAAUUUAUGGGUUUCGGCCUUCACAUGCAAUUGUUCCUACUAGUGGUGUUAUUCCUUUGGCACAGAGCUUUGAUACAGUUGGAUGGUUUGCAAGGGAUCCUGUGAUCUUGAAUCGAGUAGGGCGUGUUCUACAGCAAUUGCCUAAUGUGGAGACGGUACAACCAAGUCACGUUAUUGUUCCGGAUGAUUGUUUCCAACUUCUGAGCAUUCCCAGUGAUCGUGUGACCCAGGUUCUUCUUAAGUCUAUUGAAAAGUUGUUUGGAGGUCAAAUUAUUAGGCAUACAAACCUUGGUGAUUACAUUAAGGAUAAAGUUCCAAGUUUGAAGCAUUUUAUGGGUGAAGGCAAUGAUCAACUAGAGUCUAAUAUACCAUCAUUAGUUGCCAUUUCAAGAGCCUGGAAUAUGCUUCUGAGGUAUGAGUUCAAAAUUAACCAUGAAGAAUGGAUCAGUUCAGUUAAACCUGAUUUUGGUCCGUACAUAUCAAAACAAGUACAGGAAUCCCUUAUGGCAACAAGUGAAAACAUUGACAACUUUCAUACGGUUAGGAAUGAACUCCGUGCUGCUCUUAAUGACCUGCUUGAGGAAUUUGGUAUACUUGCUAUUCCUACAGUUCCUGGGCCUCCAUUGAAGUUGCAAACAGAGGAUGUUACAGUUGAAAAUUUUGGUGCUAGAGCAUCCAGCUUGCUGUCUAUCGCUAGUGUUUCUGGGUUUUGCCAGGUGAAUAUACCUCUGGGAAUGUAUGAUAACCUUCCGGUGGCAGUGUCUCUAUUGGCCAAGCAUGGUGCAGAUGGUUUUUUAUUGAAUCUUGUUGAGAACCUUGAUAGUUCUUUGAAGGAACAGAUUGAAAUUGCUCAAAGAAUGAGUUUCUGAAGUUGUCUCUUUGUACAAUUCAAGGUAAACUGCAAGUCCAUUUGUAAGAAGAAAUACAGUAACAAGGGACAACUCAUUGUUGUAUCGAUAUGUAUGGAUUUAGUUUAUGAAGGAUAGUAUUGUGUUAGACCAGGUUUCUAUUUCAGGCUGGGUCUCUAUUUCUUUUCGUUGCAACUUUUAUUUAAACCAUUCUAUGGUUUCUAGCAAUGUAAUCAGUUCUGCUGCUGC